CCAACAGUAGUUCACAGUCACUCGUUUCCCGCUGCUACACACUCGUUUCCCGUAGCCAUGUUUUACCAACGCGUCUUUACCGUUUUCCUCUCGCUCUUUGCCGUUGCAUUCGCCUUGGCGCCGCCCUCCUAUGCGGGCUUCUCCAAGGUCUGGACCUCCGACUUCGCCGGAAAGGCCGAAACACUGCCGAGCACGACCAAAUGGAACCUCAUCACGGGCGAUAAGAACGGCAACGCUGAAUAUCAGAGAUACACCAAGUCGAACAAGAACAUGCGCAUCACCGGAAAGGGCACGCUUCAGCUGAUCCCCCGCUACGACACGUCGGCUCCCAACAAGUGGACGUCCGGACGCAUCGAAUCGAAGUACACCUUCACGCCUACAGCGGGCAAGAUCACCAGAGUCGAGUCCAAACUCCGCCUCGGCGGCAAUGCCAAGAUCCACAAGCAGGGUCUUUGGCCUGCUUUCUGGAUCCUCGGCAACUCGUAUCGAAAGGGUACCAAAUGGCCUGCUUGCGGAGAAAUCGAUAUCCUGGAAAACAUCAACGGCCAGAAGCUUGCUUAUGGCGGUGUCCACUGCGACGUGUCCCAGGGCGGUAUCUGCAACGAGCCAUCGGGCAUUGUCGACACUACCAACAUCCCCGAUGCUAGCUAUCACAUUUGGCGAGUCGACUUCAACCGCAAGAGCAGCUCUUGGAAGAGCCAGUCGAUUACCUGGUCCGUUGAUGGCAAGGUGUUCAACACUGUCACUGGCGCACAAAUUGGCAAUGCUGCCGUGUGGAAGACCCUCUGCCAGAGCCCGCUCUACAUCAUUUUCAACGUCGCCGUUGGCGGUUACUGGCCAGGCGCCCCGAACUCUAAGACGUGGGGAGGAGCAGGCAGCUUGAUGGAAAUCGGUUAUGUCGCUCAAUAUGUGUCUAAAUAAGCAAUUCUUUUGCGGGCAACCUGUUACUUAAUGUUUAAUUGCGAAACAUAAAACCUUGGUUUAUUUACUUUUACCUUGUGUGCCGCCUUUAUUUAUUGGUAGCACAACUUAUCACCAACCAGAUGAUUGUCCACCACUAACCGAGGUUGAGUCGUAAUAGGUAAUCAGCAGAUGUAGGCUUGUACCAAAACAAUAUUUUGGCUGUGUUGGACUUGAGGGUUGAGAGUGCG